AUGUCAACCUCGCAGACCAUCAACGUCACGUAUGACGACUUCGAUCCUCUGGUUGUGUAUUCUGAUCUAGGUCAAUGGUCAACACCUAAUCCGCAAGAUAAUCCAACAUGGUAUAAAGCGUCAGAGAAUGAGACGGGUCUACCAUGGCAUCAGGCUACUUUACAUUGGACCACCGAGAAAGGUGCUGAGCUGUCAUUGAACUUUACCACCACCCAGAUAUGGUUAUACGGUGCCCUUAACGUCUCUUCCCCUUCUUUCACCAUCACGCUCGAUGGCCAAACUACCACACAGACCCCUGCUUCGGUCUCAUCAGGCAGAGCAUUGUUAUACUCUGCAACGGACUUGUCACCUUCAGCACACUCUUUGACAUUGACAAAUCAAGGUGAUGGGUUAGGCUUAGACUCCGUUGUACUAGGAUACGAUCUAGGUUCGGAUUUGCAGAACCAGACGAUAGACGAUGCGCUGGAUCAGAUUCACUAUAAUGGGGAAUGGACGAGACAAGGCGGUGAUUUUUUUAACGGUACGAAUAUAUAUACCGAAGGUCCUGGUAAUUCUUUCAACUUCUCCUUUGCAGGAUCAGCUCUGUACAUCUACGGUGACUCUGUCCAAGAUCACGGUGAUUUCUCCAUCUACUUCAACGACUCGCAAACACCCUACGGUACAUGGAACGCCAGGACUCCCUGCGGUGGAACGUCAGAUUACGGAAAGAAGUGUGAGAAGCUAGGAUCAUUAAAAGCUUUUAUCGGGAAUCUACCGGAGGGUACGCAUCAGGUGAAAUUGGUUAAUGAUGGACCAGAAGGUGAUAAUGCUACGUUCUUUGACUUCGAUUACGUCGAAUAUACCACACCAUCCACCUACCCCUCUUUUGCCCUCAACGCUACCUGUCCCAAUGGAGUGUGUGGUGAUUCAGCUUCAUCAACAAAUAGCUCUACAUCCCCGUCAGGUGUCUCGUCAUCUUCUUCGGGUACUUCGCCAUCUGCAUCAUCGACUGGCGGAGCUACGAGUGCAGCACUGCCUACUUCCGGUAUCGGCAGUAUGGUCUUGCUCGGUGUGUUGGGCAUGUGGACGUUGAGGAAACUUGGCUUCAAUAGAUUGUAA